AUAGAGACACUUCCUGUGGCAAAGAAAAGAGGUAGUGAGCUGGUGUUUCAGGAUGUGAGGGCCCGCAGGAGCGGAGCCGGGCUCUCUCUGCUGCCUGCCCGCCACCCUACAAGCUCUGGCUGGUGCUGCCCACGGUCCCCAUGGUGGGCACCCCCCGUGGCGGGGACCGGUGAACAGCUGCGGCAUGCCAGGGAAGCCCAAGCACCUGGGCGUCCCCAACGGGCGCAUGGUUCUGGCUGUCUCAGAUGGAGAGCUGAGCAGCACGGCAGGGCCCAAGGGCCAGGGCGAGGGCCGAGGCAGCUCCCUCAGCAUCCACAGCCUCCCCACUGGCCCCAGCAGUCCCUUCCCCACCGAGGAGCAGCCUGUGGCCAGCUGGGGCCUGUCCUUUGAGCGGCUGCUGCAGGACCCACUGGGCCUGGCUUACUUCACUGAGUUCCUGAAGAAGGAGUUCAGUGCCGAGAACGUGACUUUCUGGAAGGCUUGCCAGCGCUUCCAGCAGAUCCCUGCCAGUGACACCCAACAGCUAGCCCAAGAGGCCCGCAACAUCUAUCAGGAGUUCCUGUCCAGCCAGGCACUGAGCCCGGUGAACAUCGACCGGCAGGCCUGGCUCGGCGAAGAGGUGCUGGCCGAGCCCCGACCGGACAUGUUCCGGGCACAGCAGCUUCAGAUCUUCAACUUGAUGAAGUUCGACAGCUAUGCGCGCUUUGUCAAGUCCCCGCUGUACCGCCAGUGCCUCCUGGCGGAGGCGGAGGGACGCCCCCUGCCGGAACCUGGCUCCUCGCACCUCGGCAGCCCAGACGCGACGAGGAAGAAGCCGAAGCUGAAGGCCGGGAAUUCGCUGCCGCUGGGCGUGGAGGAGUUGGGACAGCUACCGCCGGCUGAGGGCCCUGGGGGCCGCCAGCUCCGCAAGUCCUUCCGCAGGGAACUGGCGGGCACCGCGGCAAAUUCGGCCUUGCGGCGAGGGUCCCAGGGCUCCCUCAACUCCUCCGCCAGUCUGGACCUCGGCUUCCUUGCCUUCGUCAGCAGCAAAUCUGAGAGCCACCGGAAGAGCCUUGGGAGCUCAGAAGGUGAGAGCGAAAGCCGGCCAGGGAAGUACUGCUGCGUGUACCUGCCCGAUGGCACAGCUUCCUUGGCCCUGGCCCGACCUGGCCUCACCAUCCGUGCCAUGCUGGCAGGCAUCUGUGAGAAACGUGGCCUCUCUCUACCUGACAUCAAGGUCUAUCUGGUGGGCAACGAGCAGAAGGCCCUGGUCCUGGAUCAGGACUGCACAGUGCUGGCGGACCAGGAAGUGCGGCUGGAGAACAGGAUCACCUUCGAGCUCGAGUUGGCUGCGCUGCAGCGCGUGGUGCGGAUCUCCGCCAAGCCCACCAAACGGCUACAGGAGGCGCUACAGCCCAUCCUGUCGAAGCAUGGCCUGAGUCCGCAACAGGUGGAGCUGUGCCGGCCAGGUGAGAAGCAGCUGCUGGAUCUAGGGAAGCUAGUGAGCUCCGUGGCGGCCCAGAGACUGGUUUUGCACACGAUCCCAGGUGCGAAGAUUUCCGAAGCCAGUGUCACAUCCCCGUGCCCUAACCAGGGAGGGCCACCUAGAACCCAGGACAAGGCCACCCAUCCGUCUCCACUGCCCCUCAACUCGCUGGCCAAGGCGCCCAGUAGUGUCACUGAGAAGCGACAGACCUGUGACAUUGAAGGCCUGGUGGAGCUGCUGAACCGGGUGCAAAGCAGCGGGGCUCAUGACCAAAGGGGACUUCUCCGCAAAGAGGACCUGGUGCUUCCAGAAUUUCUGCAGCUGCCUGCCCAAGGGUCCACCUCCCAGGAGGCCCCACAACAGACUGAAUCAUCGGCCCAGCCCAAAGGGGGCACCUCAGAGUCUACUGCCCACUCGGUCCUCUGACAGCUGUCCAACCGUCCAGGCUGGCUGCAUGGCACCUGGCGGGCCAAGCAUGCCGUAGGCCCGCUCUGCAUGCCCUGUCUGUGCCAUGAGUGUCCCUGGCAUCUUCCUGCCACGGGCAGGCCCGUAGGAAGAGUCAGGAUGGGGUGGAGCAGGGCUCAGAGUAGCCACACCCCACAGCUGCCACCACUUGGUCCCUUACAGGCUUGCCCACCCACCCUUUACAGCCAGGCCAGUAGGUGGAGAUGGGCACCCCCACACUCCUCCCUGUGUAGGCAUGUCCAACACGGGGGCGGCGUUGGCAGUGCCAGCCUCCCUACCCUGUGCCAGGCCUCAUCAGGGAGCAGGAAGAGGAGCCAGCCCCUCCUCAGGGAGCUGGUAUGAGUAAAGCCUGGGGGUGCAGGUGGGCAGCCCCUCCGUCCACAGAUUUUGCAGUCGGUUUGGGACAGCUGGGUUUGUCCUCGAUGUAUGAUAUUGUUAUUAUAAUAAUUAUUGUUAUUCUGCCA